GAACCAAUUGUUUGCUCUUCAGUUGAAGGGUCUGAUUAUGGUGAAGGGAACAACCAUAGUCUUAUAAGAAUUCUACAAAAAGAGUUGACAAACAGUGAUGUGAGCAAUGUCGGAAGAAUUGUUCUUCCAAAGAAAGAAGCCGAAGCUAAUUUACCUCAAUUAGGCGAAAAGGCAGUCAUGGUUCUUCAUAUGAAGGACUUCGUAUUCCCACAUACAUGGAGUUUUAAGUACAGGUACUGGCCAAACAACAAAAGCAGAAUGUAUGUUUUGGAAACUACAGGUGAUUUUGUUCGAGCUCAUGGGCUUCGCACCGGAGACUUCUUUGUUAUCUACAAAAACAUAGAAACCGGAAAUUAUCUUGUGAUGGGAGAAAAAGAGCUUCCAAUACCAAGACAUAUAAAUGAAGUUCUCAUCAACUUAAAUUGUCAGAAAGACAAUAAUGGAGAAUACAGUAAAAAUGGAGAAGAUAAAAGAAGUGGCAAACAACAGCGAAACGAAGAAAAAUGUGCAAAUUUGGACUGCAAAACUGAUUUAUUAAUCACCAAAGUCAGAAGAGGAGGCAUUUUUUAAUCUUAUAGAUAAGUUUGGAGGAAGUUCAGCUUCAUCAUCUUCAAUACAUUUUGCCUGUUCUCCUUGAAGCUUUUCUCUAUCGCUAAAGUGGCAAUGAAAUUAGCUUGUUUUCUUACUUUACCUUUUAGAUGCAUUAAUGUUUUCCUUUUUAAUUUU